CAAAUUGAUUUGAGCAUCGUCAGUCAGAAUUCUCUCCUUAGAAGACAAGGAGGAUAUCUGGCUGUGUCUCAUACCGAUUUAAUGUGGUUCUUAUAAAUUUUUGGUGGAUAAAGUUGCCUUCAAGACAUAGCUUUUAAUCGCAAUUGAGUUAUUGGUUUGAACAGUAGCCUAGUGUCUGCAUAUCAAAGCAAAAUGACGCUGUUAAAUAUAUGGAGAAUCAUCCACUCAUCGAAACAAAUAUAUCAAAUCAGGGCUAGCCGCGUAACAAAGCAGCAUGAAAUAUCCCAGAAAAGUGGGGGUUCCAAAUCACCGUGUCUGCAGUGCCGCUACUUGGUGGCCAUAUUGGGUUUCUUCGUAUAUUGUCUCCUAAAUAUUCUCAGAGUAAACAUGAGUAUUGGUAUUGUGGCUAUGGUGAACGUUUCAGGAAUUCUCGGAAUAGAAGAUUUAAACCCUGAGAACCUGACCCUCUGUCCGCUGGAUUCCAAUUCUUCUAAAGAUUUAAUAACUACUGAAUUCAAUGGUAAAUUCGAAUGGAAUUCAAAAAUGCAGGGAUACAUAUUGAGCUCCAGCUUCUUCGGCUAUUUUAUGACUCAGGCUGCAGGUGGAAAAUUAGCUGAAGCCUACGGGUCCAAGCGUAUCAUAAUAGUUGGAACACUCAUUUCUUCUUUGUGCAAUAUACUUUCUCCUCCUGCUGCUUGGUGUCAUGUGUACCUUUUAAUCUUUGUGCAGUUUGUCAGAGGAAUGGGACAGGGACUUCUUCAAUCAGCCACAUGCAUUUUAAUGGCAAGCUGGUUUCCUAGGACAGAAAGAGGAUUUCUGAGCACAUUCAUUCUAUCCGGACUUUGCCUGGGGGCUGUUGUUGGAGGCUUGCUGACAGGUGUAUUAUGCAAUUCCACUUUUCUUGGCGGUUGGCCUUCUGCAUUUUACGUCUUUGGUGGACUAGGCAUUCUUCUGACUCUUAUUCUUAUUAUUUUCCUAUAUGAAACACCAGCCACUGAUCCAAGAAUUUCGAAUGAAGAACUGAAGCAUAUUUCUGGAAAUCAAGAACAAGAAAUUCCUUAUAAGCGACCUCCGACGCCCUGGUUAAAGUUACUAACUUCAGUCCCAGUAUAUGCUUUAGUUUUUGGCAUGUUCGGACAAGUUUGGUCUGGAGUCCAUUUUCUUUCUAUUCAUCCAACAUAUCUUGGAAAGAUUUUGCACCUUCCUAUUGCAGAGAAUGGAUUCUUUGCAACUGCGCCGUUUGUAUUGCAAGCUAUUUUUAGUUUAUUAGGAAGUUCGUUUUCUGACUGGUUGAACCGGAAGGAAUAUGUAGGAGUUGAUAAAGUCAGGAAAAGUUGUAAUUUAAUAGCUUGUCUUGGUUAUUCUGUUUGCGUCUGGGGAAUCUACUUUACUGGGUGUAGAAGAACAGUGAACAUUGCUUUUUCAGUCUUGGCAAUGUCCUUCAUUGGAUUUGGUUUAGCUGGAUCCAUGAUCGUUCCUGUAGACAUGUCACCUACGUUUGCUGGUACUUUGAUGGGAAUAGGCGGCACCAUCUCUAACACAGCGGGUUUCAUUUUACCGGUACUGACGGGUUUCUUGACAAAAAAUGGGCAAACUACUGAACAAUGGAACAAAGUCUUUCUCAUCUCAGUCAUAGUGGUGCUAAGUUCUGGAAUCUUCUUCUUCUUCUUUGGUUCUGCAGAAAUCCAACCUUGGAAUUUUUCUUCUGAAGAACUCUCAAAAUGUAAUACCGUAACUUGUAAAAAGGAAACGAAUUUGGAGAGAAAAGAAAACGAUUUCAAUUCUGAUAUUAUUAACCAUAUUUAAUUAGUUUACGAUGAAAAAUUAAGCGUCAUUUGAUGGUAAAACAGACUCUAAAGAUUAGAAUUAACUAAAUUAAAUCUCAAAAUUUAAGAGAAAACACCUAAGGCAAAUACACUGGUAUCCAAAAUUAAGGUAAUAAAUGUAAACUGCGUAAUAUCUAAAAGGUUAGAGAUGCAUUUGAAUAAAAUCUGGCUAAAUGGUUUCAAAUCAUACCAUGAAAUACGAAUACAGUAAUAUGCAAGUUUAAACUCCUGAUAUACUAAUUUCAGCAAUACAGCUUUCACACCCUCAUGCCAUUAACGAGAUUGCUGAAAAGUUUGAAAAGCAAUAAUAUCCAUUCCUCUACAACAGUGGAUUUUAGCUCAUGGUAGGGCCUGAAAAAUGGUAUUAUGCAUAGUGAUCCUCUUUAGAGCAUCUUGCAUAUGUUGCAUAGGGUUGAAUGUACAUAUUCAUCGAAGGACGGUGAAUAUUUUCUCAAGGAAUUUCAUCUCUAUAGCAAUGCAAAUUUAUACACCUUCCUGCAAAGACAUACAACGCCGUUCGGCAAUUCAGCACUAUAUUAGCCCCUAACUAAGAUGACUUCUUUAUGACUGUGCUUUCCUUUAGAUUAAAAGGGUAACAAUGAGACCAAAUGCCAUGUCAAGAACCAGCUUCCACAUUUCAUCUGAACUAGUGAGAAAACAGAAGGCGACCUACCAUAAGUCGAUUGUUUUCAUGUUCGGAAGUGGUGCUCAUGAAACCAGUAGUGCUCAAGAAAUAAUGGAAUUUUUCUGAGGUAGUGAUGAGAACAAUACACAUUGUUAUCGGUGGCCUUUCCCAACCAAAAUUUUCUGUUUAUCUCGAUGUCAUUAUCUCAGAGGUAACUUAGACCUCAAAAAACAGCUUUCUUCUACCAUCUACUUAUAACAUGGUGCACUUAAUGCUAACUGACUGUUGUGAUGAAAUAUCAUUGUUCUAAUGUGAUUUUGGUCUAAUAUUCUGGCGAUACUGCUUUGAAGACCUCGUAGUUAUUCUGGGAUUCCUGCCUUUAGAACUAGUCAGUAUCAUGUAUUUUUAGGUCAUUUAUUAUAUAAGAUGGGAAUUCACCAUCUCAUUGCUUUGUGAGAGCAAAUUUUUAGAGAAUUAUAAUUAACCUGACCAUUCUUAAUAUAUCACUCAUAUAAAAUCAGACUUCCCGAAACAUAAUUUUUUAACUUGCUUCAUAAACUUGUUUCCAUUCUUUCCCCACCAUAUGGAAAAGGGAAUUACACUCGUCAUCCAAUUAAUCUUUCAUUUUCCCGUCUUUCUUAGUGCAAAUUUUGAGUAACUUUUACCUUAAAUUUGGAUACUAUCGAAAUUAGGAACAAUCAAAGUUGAAUUAAAGUUCAUGAAUACAAUAAGGUAUUUAAAUUCGAAUUUUUAAUCACUGAGGCGAAUUUUAGCAUUCAGGUUUCAGGACAAUAAAUGCUACACAGUAUUUUGUGUUGUGGAAAAGGGACUUAGUGACACUACUACCGGAUUAAGGAAUCAUUUUUUAUUUCACGUUCGAAGAGAAAGCGCAAUUUGUCACUAAUAUGAAAAGGAAGGUCAGUCAUUUUAAUACAGCAGAUCCAUUCGAUACAUUUCUUUUGAGAAUUGAACGAAACCUUUCACUCCCUUUAGACGCCCAUUUUCUACGACACAACAUCUUAUUCAUAACUGCUCAUACGUGUGAUGACUAACAUUGAAUUCCUAUUCUAAGGAAUUCAUGGUCACCUUAUAGUCCGCGUUUAUGUACUACUUGUUCCGUAAAAUGAACUGUAAUGAUUAAGUUUGACUGACGGGAUCUCACACCAUCCAAGAGGCUUUUGUGACCUAGAGCAUGCAAUCCACAUAUGUACAUUUCUACGUGAAAAGCAGUUUUCUCCAUAUGUGACAAGUAUCCUUCUAUAAUCUGCUUGUUUCCUUCAACACAUAAAAUUAUAUGGCAUAUCGUUUUCGCUUACCAAAAACUUUUGUAGCUCAAACACCAUUUUGAGGCAGCAUCUACAUCGAGUAUACUUAUUAUGCAGGCGAACCAGUGUAGACUGGCUAUUCUGCCAGUCUACAAUUUAGUGUUCUUAGAUUACAAUUUGGUGUUCUUCACUAAAUUUUUAUUCUACAAGAAAAACAAUUUAGUGUUCUUAUCAUGUUUUUCUUUGACUUCAUAAUAAUAGAACAGGAAUCGUAGUAGUAAUCGAAUUUUCUUCAAAGCAAUGAAACAAAUACAUAUUUUUCACAGAAGUAAACUGAUACCAUUUUUAUACCAUUUUUUUUAGAAAUCAAAUAAAUUAAAAAAAAUUCUUGUAUAGUAAUUUAGAAAAUUCUUAGUUUAAAUAUUAAG